AUGUGGCACAUGUAUUGGUGCUGUGGAUACAAAAUUUGGCUGUGCUUUCUGUGGAGGGACGUGCAAGUAUCGCCCUUGAGUGCCCCAGUUGAAGGUCACACCAAGGUCACCAUCAAUGGCACCAAUUUAGGCACCUCUGAUGCCAGCAUACCCACUGUUAGACUGGCUGGGGUGGCCUGUAGACCUGUUGUAGAAGAAUAUGUGGUCUCAAAGCGAAUUAUGUGUACGGCAGCUGAAGCUCCAGGCAGGUUGGGCAGGAAUGGUUCCAUAGAGAUCCAGAUUCAGGGUUUAGGCAGGGUGUACAACUACUCCAAACAGUUCAGAUAUGUGGACCCCAAGCUUGAGGCAGUGUUCCCAGUGAAAGGCCCCAUGUCUGGCGGCACCAGGCUGACUGUGAGGGGGAAAGAUCUUAACGCUGGCAACUUGGACAAUAUCAGCCUAAACCUGGGGGAGGAAAUGUUGCCUUGUGUCCUAGACAGAAGUAGCAUUGGUAGCCAUUCCACCAUAUGUACCACUCUAGGGGUCAGUAGGCCAAAGGUUGUUACCUCUGUCAGGGUGUUCUUUGACGGCAAUGUUAGAAUGCUGGACCAGGACCCCUUUACGUACACUGAGGAUCCUGUGGUGGAGAAGAUAAUGCCACUAACCAGCUUCAUCAGCGGAGGGCGGAAUUUGACGGUCACUGGGAAGAAUUUUGACUCGAUUCAACAGCCAAAGAUGUUUGUAUGGAAUGGAAAGGAAAAGUCGCAAACAACGAAUUGCCUCCAUCAACCAGAAAUGUCAGGCACCGUAUUAACAUGUCCAUCGCCCAGAGCGCCCAGCGGGAUUAUCGCAUCGGUCCCCGACACUCUAGGUUCCCUGCGGUUAAGGAGACAGUUGGACACCAAUGAUGCCGUGGAGAUCGGUUUUAUAAUGGAUGGAGUGGUAGCAGUGCAAAAUUUAACCAACAUAGCUUCAACUCUUCAAUAUGUCGUGGACCCGUUGUUCCAGAAAUUGACCAGCGACGGUUCUAGUGUGAAAUACCAAAAUAACAUUAACUUCGUAAUACGUGGAAAAUAUAUCAACCUUGCUGCAAGUAAACCAGAUGUGAUUGUUCUGAUUGGUGGACAAAAUUGUAACGUCACCGCUUUGACUCAAAGCGUUCUCAUCUGCACGCCGCCAUAUUUUGACUAUGGAGAUAAACUGGUGACCAUACAUAUAGGUAACUUACAUUACCAAGUGGGAUAUCUAAACUAUGGGGAUCCUCCAGUAAGUUAUGGCUGGAUAGCUGGGUUAAUUGUCCCUGUUGUUAUUCUAUCAGUCAUUGGAAUCAUCACUAUAGCCGUAGUCUAUAAAAGACGUUCAAAACGCACAACUACCAAUCACAAUGGCGCCAAUGCCACGGAGUACCUCGGUCUAAGCAGUCAAACCACACCGCCACGUGCUGUCCACACGAUAGAGGAUGCCUUGGCGCUUGUGAAGGAUGGCGACUUAAAAGCUGCUUUAAAGCCUGUACUUGUGUGCAGAGAGAGGAUUAAACUUGGGAAGUUAUUAGGCACAGGACACUUUGGAUGCGUAUUUGAAGCGAUUUAUGAGGACAGCGACCAUUACAACCCCUCUAAAGUAGCGGUGAAAACUUUCCAAGGGAAGGGAGCAGAUAUUCAGCACCUAGAUGAAUUCCUCAGAGAAGCAGCUCUGAUGACGUCAUUUCGCCAUGAUCACGUGUUGGCACUUCUUGGAAUAUGCUUUGAAGUCGACGGCAACCCCAUGAUUGUAUUACCAUAUAUGGCCAAUGGAGAUCUUAAAUCUUACAUCGAAAAUUCAAAGAAUGCACCUACUGGACUACAGCUGCUGCAGUUUGGUUUGGACGUAGCCCGGGGCAUGGAAUACCUUGCUGAAAACAAAUUUGUCCAUCGGGAUUUAGCUGCCAGGAACUGCAUGCUAGAUGACCAACUGCGCGCCAAGGUGGCCGAUUUUGGCCUGACUCGCGACGUAUACACCACUGAAUACUACAGUUCCAGAGACAAGCAGGCCAAGUUGCCGGUGAAGUGGAUGGCGCCGGAGUCCAUGGAGAGGAACGUCUACACAUUUAGAUCUGAUGUGUGGUCCUAUGGCGUGCUACUUUGGGAGCUGUUCACCCGCGGUAAGGUACCGUAUCCUGGUGUGGAUGGAUGGGAUGUUCUACAGUUCCUUAAACUUGGGAGAAGAUUGGACCAACCAGACUACUGUCCUCAGCACGUGUAUCAGCUCAUGCUGAAGUGCUGGUCGUGGGAGCCAGAAGAGCGGCCAGACUUCACCUCUAUUGUAACACUUAUAGAGGAGACAGUGAGAGAUAACACGGAAGUUGGUGGAGAACCUGGUCACACAGAACGUGGGGGUAGGGAGGAUAAUUACCACGCAUAUAUUGAAGUGGUCUAAUAACAGACAGGAUAUAUUAUUUGUAGAUCUAUGCAAUUGAAUCCAGAUCACUUUUGGACCGUGAUUUUCAAUAAGUUUUGACGAUGACAAUGCUGCUUUUGUAUUUGCCUGCCAAGCAUGUCAAAUAAUUUUAUAAUUAAAUAUAUCAUUCUGUUUAACAAAAUAAAUACUUCCAUUCCUACCUCCCUCUAAUUUGGAUAUUGGAGGCGGUCACCUAAUUUUACCAAAUAUUUGCUGUCUCAACGCAUGUGGCGCACAGUGUUCUUUAGGAUCUGUAUUAUCACCUGAUGUGCAUAGCAUGUAAGAACAAAGUUGGCCCAAAGGGUGCGUGAAAUCAUGGACAAAGUAAAUCAUUUAAUGAUAUUGAAUAUUUAAUAAUUGAUGAGCAUAUUGUGAAUCCAGUUAAUUCUGCCAAUAGGGAAUUUAAUAAAAUAAUGUCACAUGGUGUACGUUUUCCGGCUUAGAUACAAAACCCAACACCUACUUGUGGCAAGCUAUUGUCGCUCCAGUGAUGUCUUAUGGUCAUAAUGCCUUACGUACUAUGUCCAAGCGUCUAAAGAUUAUCGGUAAACUUCAAAACAGACAAAUACCAUUUAAUGGGCCUAAGGCCUAGAUCUCAUGCCUCUCACCAUUUACAUAUCCAUAAGUUUCAAAAGCAAUGGGUGAAAGGGCUGACGGUUUAAAGUAUUUAGUUCGUGUUUAUGUAGUGUGAUACAUUUAAAUAAACAUUGAAACUGGAAUCAGAUUUUCUCCCACAUACUGUAGCAUACUGUUGCCAUUUCGACUGCAUCGGUUUCCAAAAUGCGAUAGCU